AUGCUUCCACAGUGUUAUGAUGCAUUGCAAACAUGGGGACCCAAGCCAGACCUAGACACGUACGUGGGGCUCAUGGCAGUGUGUGCCAGGGAUGGCGAUGCAGCACGGGCGAUGGCACUGAGGAGGGAGAUGGAGGAUGGCGGAGUGGAGGUGAUGGGGGAAGUGCUCCGUGCGGUCAUGGCCAUGCAGCGCCACACAGGGCUGUGGGAGGCCGCUGUGGAAACCUUCAGAGAGAUGCAAACUAAGGCUGUGUUCUCGACCGAUGCAGAUACGUCUCCUCCCAUGCUCCAGCUCCUAUCAGAGGUUACUGAGAGUGGCUGUGUCGACCCAGAGGUCUUCAACCUGCUGAUCGAAACCAGCCUGCCGUGCUAUGAGGGCAUGCAGAGGUGGGGACCCAAGCCGGACCUAGAAACGUACCAGGGGCUUAUGGCAGUGUGUGCCAGGGAUGGCGAUGCAGCAAAGGCGAUGAAGCUGAAGAAAGGCAUGGAGGAUGGCAGAGUGGAGGUGAUGGGGGAAGUGCUCCGUGCGCUCAUGGCCUUGCAACGCCAGAUCGGCAUGUGGAAGUCAGCUGUGGAGACUCUGAAGGAGAUGCGGGCCAAGGCUGAGCUCCUGACGGAGGCCAUUGAGAAAGGCGAUGCAGCACGGGCCAUGGCUUCGAAGAAAGGCAUGGAGGAUGGCAGAGUGGAGGUUACGGAGGAAGUGCUCCGUGCACUCCUAGCCAUGCAGCGCAAGGCAGGGCUGUGGGAGGCACCUGUGGAGACACUCAAGGAGAUGCAAGCCAAGGGCGUCAUGGAGGACGAUACGGCAUGGGGUCGUCGUGAGCUCGUGAUGGAAGCUAUAGAGAAGGGCAGUCCCAACGCGGAGACAUUCAACCUCGCCAUUGCAGCCAGCCUUCAGGUGUUGUCGCCAGCCAGCCUUUUGCCAGCUAAGCACUAA